GUUAUUAACAAAGGUAGGAUGAUUUGCCACUGAAUUUGAGCUGUUAAAGUAUGCUUCUAGGUCAUAUUCACAAAGGUAGGAUGGUUCGCCACUUAAAUGUAGCUAUUAAAGUAUGCUUGUAGCUCAGAUUAACAAAAGUAGGACGAUUUGCCACUAAAUUUUAGCAGUUUAAGUAUGCUUGUAGGUGACAUUCACAAAGGUAGGAUGGUUUGGCAGUUAAUUUUACCGGUCAGAGUAUUUUUCUAGCUAAUACUCAUAAAGGUAGGACGGGCUGCCACUGAAGUUCGUGUUGUGCGCAUGCGCAGAAACAACGGGUAGGUAGGAUGGAUUCCCAGAACACCGGCUCAUUAACAUCACCAUGUAGCCUUGAGGUCGGUCAUGUGGUGACGCCACGGCCAAGCGUGCUGAUGUAACGGGGCAGCGGAGCACCGACUCACGGGGGAGACCAGGAAGUUUCACCGGGGAGGCUGUCGGUCCGAUUGUCAAGUCCACACACGGUGUUUAUUUGUCAGUAUGUCAGGUUUGUGAAGCGAGGAUAAGAUGUUUCGCCUUGUUGUGAGUACUUUGCGCGUAUCCUUGCGCCAAAGCCAAGACUUCCAGGAGAUCCUACCAGACUCUCUCACUCUCUCUGUGGACACCGAUGGUUACCAAGAGCAGCUGCAGAGUGACUCCCAGUUCCUGUGCUCAGAUCAGAGGAUGGACACUGAGCUGGUUGACAGACUUGUCCUGCAGCUCAACAGGAUCUACCCGCAGAUACUAAGUGACAAGGAAGCCCACAGGUUCAGGAACUUAAGCGUGCCCACCAAGGUGCGGUUAGCAGAGCUCUUGAAGCACCUGCACAGAAAAGGCGAAGAGGCAUGUCAUGAAUUCUACAGAGCUCUUCACAUCCACACAGAGGACAUCUACUCUAGCCUGCCUAGCAGAGUCAGAGAAAGAGAGGUGGCAGAUUCAAAAUGCACUAAUGACAAGACAGUUCGGCAAGAGCGAUAUGUGCUUAACGACAGAGGACCAAUGUUCUUCCUGAGCUGCUUCAGUUUUGUAGUUGGAAUUGCAAUACUCUACUAUUACGGAGACACAGAGGGUGAAACCUUGAGAUGCACUGGAGUGUUUCUUCACUGCUCUGCUGUAAGACUGAGUAAAGAUGCUAGAGAUGUUUUCAUUUCAUAUGGAGAAGUUGGAAAGUAGAAAAAAUGAAAACAUCGAGGCAAUGAGAAGAAGAAGCCAUGAAAAAUGUCUUUUUUCUGUGCCAAACUCAUCAUUUUCCUAAACCGCACAUCCUAAUUUAUUUACAAAAGUACUGAUUGGAGGAAUGUAACUUGACCUGACUGAUUCUGUCACAAAUUCUCACAGCGUACAUCUCCUGAAAUGGCAGAACUAUGCAAUGUUCUUCCAGAGUACUUGUAUGUAUGACUCUUGCCUGGAUUUCCUGUUUGUAGAUAGCUAUGAAUUUCGUUCUUUUAAACUAAAAUGCUUAAAGCAUAAUAAUAACCAAGUGUAACCGUGCAGCUGCACUUCCACAAAGCUGUUUUCACUUACUGUAGACUGAGUCGGUUGUUUGGGUGCAACAAACCCAAGAGUGGGGGCAAUGAAGUGUAUUUUGAGGAGAGCUUCAAGUAGGAGCACCUGUGUGGGUAGGCUCUUGGUUUGCACUUAAUUUAACAACUUGAAUUUUUCAUUGCUCUGUUUAUUAACGCAUUUCACAACAAAUACAUGUAUGAUCACACCUUAGCCCACCUCCAGUGCCUUCUAUGAAAUCUGCAAAAUAAAGGGCGCUCUAAUAGUGUUACUUAUUUUCAAAUAAAGCACAACAAAUUAGGGUCACCUGUGUUUGCAUCUUAUUUUUAGUCUAGUGUAACAAAUAUUCGACAAAGGUCUUUGUAGAAAUGGGUACGUAAUUAAUUAAAUGCUGUAUAUGUUGCCGUAGUGUAGCCACAAAGGGGAAUUAAAGGUAAUUAGCAGUGCAUUGAUUAGCUUUUCCGGGUUAGUUUCUGGCACUGUUCACUGCACUGUCAUCAUGAAAUGGAGAUUAUGUUAAAUUAUUCAUCUAAUUGAUUCAACAGCAGCAACACAUACACUAGAGGGCACUGCUUCCUCACUCAUACACACACAAAAAACAGAAAACUAUUCAAGUGUGCUAUAACAAUGACAAUGGGAAGCAGGGAUCAGACCUCAUUAAUGAAUAAUGACAAUCAAUUUGGUUGAAUGAGUUAAGCUAACUUGAUGAAAUGCUCCAUUAAAUGCUGCUAGAUAGACUGCCUUUGAAAUACCCUGAUGGGUGCAUUUGAAUGCUUUCUAUUUCUUGUAAUAAACGAUGUGCAGGAAUGUAGCCACGUCGAAGGUAAGGUCUACAUCACAGCAGCAGAGCAGAGGUGUCUGAUCUCAGGAGAUUUUCAGCACUCCGCAGCAUUUUUCUGCCACUGUCUUCCCUGCAAAGUGAGAGCAACAGAUGAGAGGGGAGUCAAAGAGAGAGAGGAGGAAUUGGGAGGUGCUAAAGGGGGCUGGAAAUGUCACCAGAGUGAUUGUUCAGUUCACACUCUGGCAUCCACAUUCCCACGAGAGAGCUAUUAAUACGCUCGCUUCAAAGGAACUAAAAGUCCUCGUUGA